GUCACUAGACGUUAUUCAAGGGAGCAUCAGUUUCUGUGGAAAACAUACAGUAUUUUAUUUAACUUGAAUUUCUGAGUGGUGUAGUUUGUGGGACUUGAUGCCUAAUUGGAGGACCAUGAAGUUGGAGGUACCAGAAAGCUUUGAAGAUGUUGCUGUCCAGUUUUCAAGAGAGGAGUGGGAGAUGCUAAGUGAACAGCAGAAGGAGCUGCACAGAGAAGUCAUGAUACAGACCUAUGAAAUCAUGGUUUCUGUAGGGUACAACAUCCCAACAGAACGUCUUUGGCUUCUUAUUAAUAAAGAUGAGACAGUCCCAUUUCAUGGCAGUGAAGAAGGAAUGGUGGUGCAACAAAGUCAGCUUCCUGACAGUGGUAUCUACAGGUACAACAUACCAGCGGAACGUCUUUGGCUUCUUAUUAAUAUAGAUGAGACAGUCCCAUCUGAUGGCAGUGAAGGAGGAAUGGUGGUGCAACAAAGUCAGCUUCCCGACAGUGGUAUCUACAUCAACAGGAAUGCAGACUUCAGCCAGUUUCAGAGUCCGCAGUUAUCAUUUGGGAUACCCCUGGAUUCAAAGCAUGACACAGCUCUCCUGGAUAAGAUGUCAGUCAUGAAGCAAGACCUGAUUCAGCUGGAUACUACACACCUGAAACAUUUGGAAAAUAACAAGGGGGUUAUUAGGAAAAUUAAUCACAAAAUGCAUCUGGCAAAUUGUGAAGGAGAAAGACACCGUAAAGUGCGUAAAUACAAAACAAUUCCAAUAUUUGACAGUAACAGCAAAACUGGUCAGUUAAUCCAUAGUGAGAAAAGGGAAAAAAAUACCUUAGAAAAACAUCAGCAAAUAACCAGCAGAGUAAAACUGUACAAAUGUACCACAUGUGGCAAGACUUUUGCAGAAGAAAAAGGAUUGUCAGUGCAUAUGGUUAUUCAUACUGGAAUGAAACUUUUUAAAUGUACCACUUGUGACAAAAGUUUCUCAAGGCAGUCAUGCAUAGAAAAACAUCAGUUAGUCCAUACUGAACAACAUGAUUUAAUAGUAACUAAUAGCAAAAAAAUGAAAAUUGUUAACCAGCAACUGUAUAAGAAUGCAACAGGUGACAAGAGUUUUACAAAUGAACAUUUAGCAAGAAAUAAUGAUAGCCAUACCCUGCAAAAAUCAUAUACAUGUACGAUGUGUGACACGAUUUUUAAAAGGAGGAAUCACCUGGUAGCACAUCAAAGUCUCCACACUAGGCAAAAGCCAUAUAAAUGCACAAUCUGCAGUAAGAGUUUUAGGCUGAAAAGUGGUAUAGUAAAACAUCAGUAUAGUCACGCUGGGCAGAAACCCUAUAAUUGUUUCAUGUGUGGCAAGAGUUUUGGACAAAAGAGUGUCAUGAUAGCACAUCAAUACACCCACAGUAGUCAGAAACCCUAUAAAUGCACCAUGUGUGACAAGAGUUUUAUAUAUGAAAGUGUUAUGAUACAACAUCAAAAUAUCCACACUGGGCAGAGACCCUAUGAGUGCAUCCUAUGUGAGAAGAGCUUUAGCUACAAAGGCAGUAUGGUAAAACAUCAAAAGAGUCACACUGGCCAUAAGCCCUAUAAAUGCUCAAUGUGUGAGAAGAGUUUCAUUGAUAAGAGUCAUAUGGUCAGCCAUCAGAGUAUCCACACAGGGGAGAAACCAUAUCAGUGCACCAUGUGUGACAAGAGUUUUAGACAAAAAUGUACUUUGAUAAAACAUCAGUAUAUCCACUCUGGACAGAGACCCUAUAAAUGCACCAUGUGUGACAAGAGUUUUAGACAAAAAUGUACUUUGAUAAAACAUCAGUAUAUCCACUCUGGACAGAAACCUUAUAAAUGCACCAUGUGUGACAAGAGUUUUAUAUAUGAAAGUGGGAUGAUACGACAUCAGAAUACGCACGCAGGACAGAGGCCCUAUAAAUGCACCAUGUGUGACAAGACUUUUACACAGAAGGUUCACUUGGUCAGCCAUCAGAGGAUCCACACAGGGGAGAAACCGUAUCAGUGCACCAUGUGUGACAAGAGUUUUAGACACAAAUGUACUUUGAUAAAACAUCAGUAUAUCCACUCUGGACAGAAACCUUAUAAAUGCACCAUGUGUGACAAGAGUUUUACACAAAAAUGUACUUUGAUAAAACAUCAGUAUAUCCACUCUGGACAGAGACCCUAUAAAUGCACCAUGUGUGACAAGAGUUUUAGACACAAAUGUACUUUGAUAAAACAUCAGUAUAUCCACUCUGGACAGAAACCCUAUAAAUGCACCAUGUGUGACAAGAGUUUUAGACACAAACGUACUUUGAUAAAACAUCAGUACAUCCACUCUGGACAGAAAAGACGAUUAGUAAAGUAGAAGUUAAAGAAAUAGAAGUUGAAGUUAUGGAGUGCCUGUGAAGUGAAGGAUUUAAUGUAGAAGGCCUAAAACAGAUUACGUCACAUCAUGAUGGAGUGAGUCUCCAGAAUAAGGAAAAGCAAGAAGAUCAGGAGACGUGAAGAAGAAAUAUGGACAUGGGAAAGGAAAAGAGAUUUAAUAUGGUGUAAUAUUCAUGCAAAGGAGAAAGCAA